CGGACUGCCUCCCUCUCUGAUCCAUCAUCCGCCCUCCUUCGCCGCACCGCUGAUGGGGAUGUUUUGGUCUCGCCCCCUGUGGGUGCAGGAGGUCGACGAGAAGGAACGGUUUUUUCUGGACGACUAUCCACGGCGUAUCGAUGAGGGUGCGAAGAACAUCGGUGCCUUGAGGGAUGGGAUUCGGGAGAAGUGGAAAGUCGGCGGGCACAUCGAGAUAAGGCUGAUCCUUAAGCCGGGAAGCGGCAAACCAUGCGAGUCGGACAGCGUGGCGAAAGUCUUCGGCGAGUGUGGCAGGGACGACAGGGACCCUAUACGAUGGCAGAAAACAAGUGAGCAGAGCGGGUGACUUAUUUGCCUUCUAAUCGGUUUCUCUCUGUCUGCCUGCCUGCCUGCCUUCUCUGUGUCUGUCUGCAGCACGGAGGCGGUCUCUCGAAGACGACGACGACAGGGCACCAGUGGCCGUGUCGAAGCUGUCUGUCGUCGGUGAGGUCGACCUGGCCCGAGCCCAUGAGCCGAAGAAGACUCCCAUUCCCGGCCCCUUCCCAAGCGUCCCGCCCUUUACCGGCGACACCCAGAUCGAGCCGCCAGUCCACGAGUAUCUCAAGGAGAUUCUCGCUAGAGUCGUCGGGGAGGCCAACAAGCUACGAGAAGACAAGCUCGAGGUCUCCGAAUGCCGCUCGAGAGUCAUGGAGUCAGCCAGACGGCUGCCAACACGGCAUGGCGGCUGGCGAUAUAUUUCGGGGAGCCCGGGCAGUUUAGCCAUCGGUCCCGACGGCUUGAGCAAUGCUACUUCUGACGAGGCAUUCGCGGCCAGUCUGGCGGUUAUCGUUGAGGCCAAGGCAGCGAAAUACACGGAGCGAGGGCUGUCUGAAUUCUGCAAGGAGGUCUCAGCCAAGAUGUGUGUUGUGCGAUCGUGGAAGCAAGACGCAGAGAGCGAGGGGGAAGUGCGUGAUGAUGCUAUAGGUGUCUUGUGCAAUGGCACGGAGGCCAUCGUGUUAGACUUUUUUCCGGGAUACGAAAAGUCAGAGCUCGAUAUGGGUGAGAGUCAGGCGCUCUGUAUGAGUGAUCUUGCCAAUUUUCUGGUGGGUUUCUUGAGCGAGUGGCGGGUGCAGAGAGAGAUCAGUAUAGAGGAGGAAGCAGCACUAGCUGAGAGGACUCGGGAUCGUGCUGCUCGGAAAGCUCAGGAUGAGGAGGAACUGAUUCGUUGGGCGGAGCAGUUCAUGGAUGAAGACGACAGUUGUGAUAUAAGGAAGUGGGGACCCAAAAUAGAGCGUGCAUUGGUGAGUGACUUGUGCGUGAGUGGAUGAUGGAUGCGCUGAAAGUUUUUGUCG